UUACAGUUUACGUUUAUGUUUCGAUAGUAAGAGCCGAAGAAGUGAAGCUGUAAAAUCCUUACACCGGAGCCUAAGAAGUUACCUCCAUAAUGCCGCAAAGUUACGUAACUCUGAAGAAGGCUCCCCGACCAACGCACGAUCCGCCGUUUACGUUGAAGGAUUUGAAAGCCGCUAUCCCGCCACAUUGCUUUGAGAGAUCCACAUUGAAGUCUUACGCUUAUGUUGUUUGGGAUUUAACGAUGGCGUGGUUGUUAUAUCUAAGCACGGGCUACUUCAACCAUCCUUAUCUACCGCCUUGGGCGUCCUAUAUUCUCUGGCCUCUCUACUGGAUUUGCCAAGGCUGUGUUUGCACCGGCAUCUGGGUUUUGGCGCACGAGUGUGGCCAUUAUUCGUUUUCCGACAGCAAAACUGUUUGUGACUACACUGGGCUUGUGUUACAUUCUGCGCUGCUUGUGCCGUAUCACUCAUGGCGAAUAAGUCACGCAAAACAUCAUCGAAGUACAAAUGAUAUGGACCGUGACGAAGUUUUUGUUCCCAGUACAAAAGAAGAGUUUACUAAAGAUGGACUGGCAGCUCUGUCUCCCACCUGGAACGUUUUGUCCCUGUUGAAAAUGUCCCUGUUUGGCUGGCCUGGUUAUCUAAUGUUCCACAUCGCCGGACGUAAAUACCACACUCAUACAGAUCACUUCAACCCAAAAAGCCCGAUUUUUAGCAAGAAAGACUAUAAAGACAUCGUUAUCAGUGACAUUGCAUUGGUGGUGUGGAUCGGUUUCCUUGGCUACCUGGCUUAUGUGAACUCUACUUUUUGGCUGUUGAAGGUAUAUAUCAUCCCUUAUCUCAUUGUGAAUUUCUGGUUGGUCUUCAUCACAGACUUACAACACUCGGAUGCCGCUGUGCCUCACUAUAGAGGCCAACAGUGGAACUGGCUUAAAGGGGCACUGUGCACCGUGGAUCGGGAUUACGGAAUUUUGAAUCAUGUUUUCCACCACAUUGGAGACACACACAUUGCCCAUCAUCUUUUUUCACUCAUACCUCACUACCACGCAGUUGAAGCCACGGAGCAUCUGAAGAAAGCUCUGGGAGAGUUCUAUUACAAAGACGAGACACCAAUUUUCAAGGCUAUGUGGUUGACUGGCAGAUACUGCCGUUAUGUUGAAAACUCUGGUGAUAUUUUAUGGUUUAAGCAUGAUUAAUUUCUGUCAUAAUAUUUGCGUCAAGAAUGAACCAGUUUGUGUAAAUCACAGAAAAUAGUGGAUCACUAGACAUUAAACUAAACAGCAAAUUUGUAACAUCUAGAUAAGUAUAAUUCACUUUGAUAUGUUUUAUUUUUUUGUUUUCUUAUAUUUUUUUUAUAACCUUGUAUGGUUGCAGCUGAGAAAAGGAACCCUAAAAUUUGAAAACAUACAUUGAAGUACAGUCGUUUCUCCAGCCAUUUGAGUACUGCUAACUUGAAAUUUCCUCUAAUUACCGUCUCGAUGAUUUAUUUUUUCGAGGGGGAUUUCUUUCUUUUGUUGAUGAAAUUUCAGUUUCAUGCAGAAAUUUCCAUUUCAUGAGCAUUAAGUUCGGUCACCAUCAAACUAAUCUUACAAUAUAAAUGUUUAAGUGAUAUGUAAAUCUUUCACAAUGAUGAGGAUUUACACAGGCAGGUACCAGAUCUUUGUUAACACCUGUGAGCGUCACGCAAAAAAAACAAGAUGUAGGCGCAAGAUUUUGGUAAGUCCAGCUUUGAAUACGGGUGUUAUUUAUUCCCUUAAGAAUCUUUGACCUAUUAAUGAAAAUAUAACUUUAAAGAAUAUAAGAAUUGCUCAUGAUCUUUUCAAUAUUACCAAAUUACUACGGGACUUAGAAACUAGUCAACAAAAAUUGCAAAAAUUAAUAUGUUUAUAUAGAGAUAAGCAAGCGGUCGAAAGAAAGGUCGACGUAUCGAAAAUGAAACAAGAAGUCGAGUAAAUAUUAAGUUGUCAGCAUGGACAAUACGGUGCUUUAAAUGCUAUGGAAACAAUUGUUUAAUAUUUUCAGUUCAGUGCAUACUGAACGGCUGAAUACGUUUACAGUCUCGGUCCUUAAGUCCUCCUUUACGUCUUCGAAAUUCUUCGUGUAACUAUGAAAUUGCGUUUAAACGACGAAAACGUUUUUAUUCA